AUAAAAAACAUGCAAGCAAAGAUCCAAAAGGACGCUCUUCACACAAUUCACAAUGAUUCUGGAUACAACGCGAAUGUGUUUCCAGGCAAAAAGGACCAAAUGAAAAAAGUAGUCUAUCAUCUGGAGCAGACAGGCUUCCUACCAAAGGAACUUGUCGAGAACGAAGUUCGCUGGUUUUAUGAAAACUUGAAUAUCGACGACUACUACUUUGCCCUUGAGUCUGUUGAGACAAUCGGAAGUCACAUCAUGGCCUUGUAUGGUGCCAAGAUCCUUGCCUACACAAAGAACGAAAACGUCCUCGAUAUAAAUCUCCAGAAAGAAAGUGAAGAGUCGUCUGUAUAUGUCCAUUCGUCAAAACCCGGAGUUUCGGUCUUGUCUGGACCUCAGAUCGAAAAAAUGAUCGAUGAAAAGUGGUUGGAUCCUUCUACUCCCACUCAAGCCUAUCGUAUUGAGUCAUAUCGGUCUAACGGAUCAGCAACUCCAGAAAAUACGCCACAGUUGCGUAGUUAUUUUGCUACCCGCUGCCAAUUUGCCAAUCCUGAACCAAAGCCUGACAAGGAAACAGAUAUUAGACAUGUUUCAGACAAGACAUUUUUGGUGACAGCCACAGAACACACACUCAAGAUCUAUGAACAAGUAAUGCGCAAUGCCCUCAGACGUACGGGUCCAGUAAUUGAAAUGUAUGAAGUGCAAGGUAGUCGCGAAAGGCGGUUGAUCGUGGGUUAUCGUCAGAGAAGUACAACCGGAUUCUUUUCGGCUUUGUCGGAUUUGUACCACUACUACGAUCUCUACUCCACACGCAAAUAUGUCGAGCAAUUCUCUAAUGGAGUUACUAUCAUAUCUCUGUAUCUCAACCCACUCCCUAUAUCAAAGGCUGCUCCAAUAGAAAUCUCUAUUCAUCAGGUCAUCAAGGAAAUCUCUCUCCUCUACUGUCUUCCCAUGACUCCUCUUCAGGAAUACUUUCAGAGCGGCCAACUUUCCGUACAAGAAGCCGUAUACGGAUUUGUGGGUUGGAUCUUUGCUCAGCAUUUUCUCAACCGACUUGGCAAAGAAUAUCUUAGCCUGAAUACGAUCCUGGACUCAAACAACCCAAUUCACCAAGAAGUUUUGACAAAGAUGAAAAAGCGUCUACGCCAAGAAACAUUUACCCGGGACUACAUUCUAGAGAUUAUCAAGAACUAUCCCGAGUUGAUUAGACUUCUCUAUGGAAACUUUGCCACCACACAUUACGUCAACCAGCGUGAAGCAUCUCUUAAACCAACAAUAUCUUACCAACGCCUGACGAACCUAGAGGUCAUGAACACCGCCCAAUUAACAAAGAAAAUCAAAAGUGUAACAUCCAAUGCCCAUGAGCAGCUUGUUUUUGAAGCCUUCCUGACCUUCAACCAACAUGUUGUCAAGACAAACUUUUACCAAUCUACAAAGGUCGCACUCUCUUUCCGCCUUGAUCCUAAUUUCCUUCCAGAAAUUGAGUAUCCUACAAAACUCUAUGGUAUGUUCCUUGUGGUCGGCUCUGAAUUCAGAGGAUUCCAUCUUCGAUUUCAAGAUGUUGCUCGCGGUGGUAUUCGAAUCAUCCGGUCGCGAAACAGAGAAGCCUAUUCGAUCAACCAACGUACCUUAUUUGACGAAAAUUAUGCUUUGGCCGCAACUCAACAGCGUAAAAACAAAGAUAUUCCGGAAGGAGGGUCUAAAGGAACAAUCUUGUUGGACAUUGACCAGCAGGACAAGGCAUUGGUGGCUUUUGAAAAGUAUGUCGACUCCAUGUUAGAUCUGUUGAUUGUAGGCGAGACCCCUGGCAUCAAAGAUAAGUUGAUCGAUCUCAAGAACAAAUCCGAGAUUCUAUUCUUUGGCCCAGAUGAAGGCACGGCGGAUUAUAUGGACUGGGCGUCUCAGCACGCACGCAGACGAGGUGCCAGUUUCUGGAAAGCAUUCACAACCGGCAAGAGUCAAUCCCUUGGCGGAAUCCCGCACGACUUGUAUGGUAUGACAACCCGGUCUGUGCAUCAGUAUGUUUUGGGAAUAUACCGCACAUUCUCGCUGAAAGAACAGGAUUGCACAAAGCUACAGACAGGCGGGCCGGACGGUGAUCUUGGAUCAAACGAAAUUAAGAUAUCCAAUGACAAGACAGUAGCUAUUGUGGAUGGUUCAGGCGUUUUGUAUGAUCCCAAGGGAAUUAACCGUAAAGAGUUGAAUCGUCUGGCAGAUGCUCGUCUUAUGAUUGUCAGUUUCGAUACCUCGCUCCUGUCGGCCAGUGGUUUUCGUGUACUGGUAGAUGAAAACAAUGUAAAGCUUCCUGGUGGUCACAAGGUCGAGAAUGGUCUUCACUUCCGCAAUACUUUCCACACAAAUCCUCUGGCGUCAGCUACACUGUUUGUACCAUGCGGCGGACGCCCGGAGUCUGUAGAUCUUAAUAAUGUCAACGACAUGUUUGAUGAAGAAGGAUCCCCGAUGUUUAAGUAUAUUGUGGAGGGGGCCAAUUUGUUUUUUACUCAAGAAGCUCGUUUGCGCCUCGAGAAGGCUGGUGUGGUAAUAUUCAAGGACGCAUCGGCUAAUAAGGGUGGAGUGACAUCUUCCUCACUUGAGGUUCUUGCUGCUUUGGCCUUUGAUGAUGCCGAGUUUGCUCAACACAUGUGUGUCAAAGAUGGAAAGGUACCAGCAUUCUACCAGGCCUAUGUAAAAGAAGUUCAGCAAAUCAUCGAGCGUAAUGCGGCAAUUGAGUUUGAUGCCCUCUGGAGAGAACACACAAGAACCAAAUUACCUAUUUCCUUGCUUUCUGAUGAACUUUCCGUGGCAAUUGUUCAGCUCAAUGAUCAACUACAAGAAACGGGUCUGUGGGAGAAUCAGAAACUUCGUAGUGCUGUUCUAAGAUCCGCUUUUCCUAAACUGCUUUUGGAAAAACUUGGUCUGGACACCUUGCAAAAACGAGUACCUGUCGCUUACGUCAAGGCCAUUUUCGGAGCCUAUCUUGCAUCUCAAUUUGUGUACAAGUAUGGUGCCCAGCCCGAUCAUUUUGCGUUCUUUGAGUUUAUGCGUGAGAAUUACUAUGAUGCGACAAAGGGUGCCCUGGGUGCUUAGAUGAGUAAUUAUGGAUCUAUAUUAUUCCACGUUAGCUUUACCAUGUGUUGGUUAUAAAAAGAUAUUCUAUAUAUUCAAAUAAACUUAAAAUGAGGUAUAAAAAUAUACAAGCAAAUAAAAAAUUAUACUGGGUAUAUCAAAUGAGCAAUAAAGAAAUACUUUCCACUUGGAAGCAUUUUAGUCAACUACAAUGACUACCUUGAAAACC